GAACUGAAUGACUUGUAUCUACCGGUUCCAUUCGUUUCAAAUAAAAAUCCGUUAGCUGUUUUGACGGUUUCUUAUGUUUGACGGUUAAACAUUACUACUUAUUAUAAAAUGGGCUUAGAACGUUGGGAAAAUAUUAUCGUUGAAUGGGUUAACUGUUUAAAAAUAUCAACAACUGUAAGUAAUUUGGACGAUUUAAAGGAUGGGUUGUUUUUGAGCAACUUAUGCCAGCUUCUUACCACAUUUGAAAGUCCUGCUUCAACAAUUUAUCUCUCAUCGAUCAUUUAUUUCUUGAACAAGCAGUACCCGAACUUGAUUUUAGAUUGUGAAAAUGAUACUGAUUUAGAAAAAAUAUCACAAAAUGAUCUUAUGAUGAUAUCCUCUUUGUUACUUCACUUUUCAUGUAUUCAUGACAGGCGGGACGUGCUCACUUCACCAUUAUGCUAUCAGUUGUCUAAGGCUACACAAAUUUCUAUUAAAUACUAUUUAGAAAAUGUACAUAGUGACAUCAAUAAAGAAAAAUUGUUUAAAAUUAUUGAAGAAAGUAUAAACAUUAGACAAUUCAAAUCAAAUCCACGUACACUGUCUUCAGAGUAUUCAUUUCACGGUAGCCCUUUACAACAGUUAUUACACACACCCUUACCAAAAUUGUCCCGGUUGCGAGAGAAAGAUAAAGAGAUAAACAAGUUACAAGUAGAAGUUGACCUAGAGCGCUUAGAAAAAUUUGAUUUACAAGACGAACUCGCAAUACAAAAGGAAUGCAACAAGAAGCUCUCACAGCAGGUAUCCAUCAAGGCAGCUGAAAUUUCCAAAUUGAGAAAUGAAUUAAUGGAGUUGGAGAAUAAAUCACUUUCUGAUAGUAGUAAUCUAGAUUGGAAAGAACUACAGCAAAGGUAUCGGAGUGACAUAAAUAAUCUGGAACUGUAUAUUUCUCAACUUCAAUCAGAGCAGGAACUGUUGCACAAUGAAAGAGACGAGAUGUUAAAGAAGGUGACCAAAUUAGAGGCGCAGUGUCUGGAAUGGCAGAAGAGAGCAAUACUAUCUGAAAAUAAUUAUGACCAAAUAUUAGAAAAGCAUGAGCGACAGGAAGACGAAUUAAAAGAUCUUCAUACUCACUGUUCCGAAUUAAGUGAUCUCCUCGAAGAAUUACGAACAAGUAAGGAACCAAAUGAAAGUUGUGUAGAGUUGGAUACGUCCUCAACUGAUAGUGAUCGUAAUACCCGCGAAAAUUGCAUAGAGAAUCUUGCGUGUUAUGUAAUCGAGGUACAGUUGAAAGAUGCACUAACGGAAAAUGUGGAUCUCAAGAAUUCACUCCAACAAACCCAAAAUGAUAUUUCAAAAUUACGUGGACAGAUGGAAGAAAUUACUGUUAAUUAUCAACAGGUUAAUACAGAAAAGGAAGAAUUGCUGAAAAAGGUUGAUUUACUUCACGAAACAAAGAGCAAGCUACAAGAAAUACAAUCCCAAUUAAGCAGUAAUAGUUCAAAACUUGAAGAAGUACUAAAAGUGAACACAUCCCUAAAAACUGCUAUAGAGAGUAAGGACCAUGAAAUAGAACAGGUAAAUGAAGUAUUACAAUCGUUGUCAAAAGAGUACAGCACACAAAAUGAAAAUAUUCGAUUACUAAGAGCUGAUUAUGACAGAUUGCAAAUAAUACUGCAAGAGAAAGAAAACAAAUGUUCCGUCAUAGAAAAACACAAUAUCACUCUCAACAAUGAACUAGAUUCAUUACGCAUCGAUUAUAAUAAAGCAAUUGGUGAGUUGAAGGUUCAAAAAGAUUUAUUAUCUGAAACAAAAGAGACUGUGGAUUGCAAUCUACGAAAACUUCACGAAUUUGUAUUUGGAGUUAGCAUUUUACACGUAGACAGUUAUGAAGCUACCUUCACUUCACUACUGAAACAUUUGCAAACUGAACACGAGAGUCAGAAGUCAAAUUUGGAAAUUUAUACCAGUGCUUUAGAACACCUUGAACAGUUAGUUGCAGAACAAAAAACAGAGAUUUCGUGUUUAAGUGAGCAAAAUAUAACAAAUCAGAAAGAGUCUGAAAUAGUGUCCGAUAAGUUACUGCAAGCGGAAAAACAAAUAUUUAAUUAUAAAAAUGAAAUUUUGCAGAAUAGUGAUAAGAUCGCACAAUUAGAGUUUACAAUUGACGAAAUGUCGGCAAGUGUAGGCGAACUGGAAGUACUAAAAACUGAAAUGAGCCAAUUACAAUCUACUUACGAUAAUGUAAUGUUGAUGCUUCAAGAAAAUAGAAGUGAACUGGAAAGAUAUAAAGCUAUAAUUCAAGAGUUGAGUACUUCAUUAAGUCUUACCGAACAAAGUAAGGCGGAUUUUCAGUCUCAGGUUGUCCAGAUGGAGCUAACUUUGCAAAGUAACAUACAAAAUGAAAUGCAACUUAGAAAAGAAUUGUCCAGUUUACACGAUCAGCUACAUGACAAGAGCAAUGAGUUAGAAAUGUAUAUUUUUAAGGAGGGGAAUUUGCUAAAGGAUGUUGACAUUUUGAAACAAAAUUUAAACGAAGUUGAUGGGAUGAUAUUUGACGAGAGGGCGAAAAAGGAGAAGUAUAUUGAGCAAGUGACUACUUUAGAAGCUUCAGUUGAACAUUACCAAACCUACAUUAAAAGUGUAGAAGCAGAAUUGGCCAAUGUGAAAACAAAUUACUUAACAAGCGAGAAAGAAUUACAAAAUGCGCUAUGUUGUAAACAAUCUAUUGAGCGGGAUUUUGAGUUAACUAAAAUUAAUUUGGCGCACUACAUUUCUACAUUAGAUGAAGCAAAAGUUGCACUGGAUUGGAAACUAAAACAGGCACAAAACGCUGAAGCUCUGCUUACUGAACAGCUUUUGCAAAAAACUGAAAGGUGCGACUCUUUAAUCGAAGAAGUUAAGAUUUGUACAGAAGGAUACAUGAAACUUGAGGUACAAUAUGAAAGUGUUUUGCAAAAGUUAGAACUACAAGAGAAAGAAAGCGAGAGACUGCACAAUAGUUUAGCUAAAAGUAACGAACAGCUUGCAUAUUAUCAGCGUCAACACAAGGAGGGAGAAGAACGUAUUGCUGUGUUAGGAACUCAAGUUGAUGAUAGAGAUGCGCAGGUUAACGAAUACAAAAGCCAGAUUGCAAAGUUAGAAAUUGAUGGAGAACAUUUCAGGGAAAAAGUCAAGGAAUUACAAGAAGAUUGCUGUAAUCUACAAAACGGGAAGAUAUUCUUAGAGGGAAAGUGUCGAGAACUUGAAUCAAAGGUGGACAGUCUCACGUAUGAUUUAUCUGAUAAAAGUAAGGAACUGGAUAAGAAUAAACAAAAUGAAGAAAAAAUGAAAGCUCAAUUAAUAUGCCUCGGGGAGGAGUUACUAAAGCAAAGUAUGGACUUGGAGAAUUUAACAGAGCAAUAUGACACAAAAGUUAUUCAAUUACGUUUUCUUGAAGAAGAAGCACUUGCACUUAAAAGUGAUGUCCAAUUAUUAGUCGAUAAGGAGAAUUUUUAUGUUGAAGAAUUGGCUAGUGUAAGAGAGGAGUUAAGUUUAAUGACUUUCAAAUAUACAGAAUCACUACAAACUCACCACGAAUGUGUACAAGAAAACAAUGCUCAAAUUAAUAGUUUAACAGAAAAUUUACAUGAGAUUGUGGAGAAAUAUAACAUUUUGGAUAAAUGCAAUUCGGAAACUAAUCACACACUCAGUCAUGUACAAGAACAGUUAAGAGAAGCAAAGCAUUCUCUUAUGGAAAGGACGUUGCUUGAAGAUGAAUAUAAAAAACGCAUAAGUGAUUUAAAUUCUACAAUAGGGCAACAAAUUUUGAUCGAGUCUGCAUUAAAAUCAAAAUUGGAAGACUCUUUAAAUAGGUUGUCAUAUUCUGAAAGCAAGAAUGAAACAAGUUUUAAUAACUUUAAAGGACUGUGUGUAUUGUUUGCACAAGUGAAUGUGAACAAAAUUAAUUUAAGCAACAAACUUGGAAAAAUGAUGAAACAACGUCUACACCUGAAGGAGUCGUUUGAUAUUCUUAAAGCUGAUUAUAUAAAAAUGUGGGAUGUAGUUACUCAAAAUCUUAAGCUGUUGGAAAUGCAAUUACUGUGGUCUUUAAAAUCAGUUUCCUCAGAAAAUGAAAACCUUAAAACAGUCAUUUCACAACUUGAAACCGAAAGGUUGAACAGUCAUGUAGAGAGCUUGGCACUAAUUGACAGUCUUAAAAAGGGAAUUGAAGCGGAGCAGGGUAAACUUGCAGAUAAUACAAAGGCAUUAGAUGAUCAAGCAAAAGUGGUGGAGGACUACCAGUACAGAAUUAAGGAAUUGUCUGCAAACGAGACGGCCUACAGGAACGAAAUCCAGCAUAUGUUCCAAAGUUUAAAGGAUGUAAUUGAAAAUGUGAAUGACUGCAAAAAUCAAUGUGGAGAAGAUGGAAUCCAGGUUGACACAAAUAGCAACGUUGGUAACAUAAGUACUGCUAAUAGGACACUACUGAGUUCAAUAUCCGAAAUAUGUACCCAUAUGAAAGAGGUAAUUUCUAAAGAAAAGGAGAAUUUUAAAAACCACCUUGAGCAGCAGAAACUGUCAGAAGCAGAAACUGCAAGUAAAAUAAACCAUUUGCACAAAGAAAACGAUUUAUUGCAGCAAGAAAUUCGUAUUGCUAAACAGGAAAUUGAGAAUCAUAAGGAAAAAAUAAAAACUGUUUUCGUAGAACGCCAAGCUUUAGAAUUGGAAGUGAAAGUUGCAAAUGAAAAAAUUUUUGGUCAAGAAUCUAUCGUACGAAGUCAAGAAAAUGUGAUCAGCGACGCGAAUUUUAAACUGGUCGACAAAUUGGAAGAAAUACUGCAAUUGGAAAAAGCGAAACAAACACUUCAACUUCAAGUUGAUCAGUUAACUGCACAAUUAAACGAUAAUAAUGUUAAACCUGAGGUAAUAGAACAUAGUAAUGUUCAAGGAAUUCAAAGCAACGUACUGAAACAGAUCGAAACGUUACGGCAAUAUUCUAUGACUCACAAGACUUCUGUUGACAAGUUGAUUACUGAACGUAAUUUUCUUGAAAGUGUCAUUAAUAAUGUGAAACAUUCGUUAUUUACUCUCCAAACAAAAACCUCGAAUUUGAACGAUGAUAGGGAAGCUGCAAAAUUAAGAGAUCAGAUUGAAUCAUUUGAAUUUAUAGUUGAAGAUCUGCAAAAACAAUUUGCGCGAAUAUCGAAAAAAAUUCACGAAAUUGUGUUAAAUGUCGUACAAAUUCCCGCACAGUUUUGUAAUACUGUCAUUACCGAUUGCGAGGUGGUUCCAAGUAUAUUUGAGGUAGCCAACUUUGAUCAAGAACUUGAGCAAAUUACCGAUUGUCGAAGUUCUGCCAAUAACUUGCUAGAGCAACUUACUUCCUUCGAAAAUGGCAUUGCAUUGAGAGUUUCAAAAUUACAAAAAGAAAACAUAUUACGCAGUACUAACAAUGUUAUGGCCGAUGUUAAAGUCAAAGAUGAGGACCUGAAAAAGAAAAACACAAUGUUAAAACAACGCCUUACAUUAUCGGAAAAUGCUAAAAGUAAUCUUGAAAAGAAAGUGAAGCAAUUGCGACAGGAAAACAAAAUCCUAAACGAAAAGGCUGAUGGUGUCUUGGAGCAGAGUUAUAAGCAGUUACUUCAACAACAAAUUGCUCAAAAGGAAGAAUACGAAAGCAAAAUAAGCGAAUCUUUGGAGAAAUAUAGGAAGUUGCAGCAAGAGUAUGCGGAGUAUAAAGCCAAACAGAACUUCAUACCAGAGCAAAUCCAAUUUGAUCAAGAUCAUAAAACAGAACAAGAUGUUAAACUAGGAAAGGAGGUUUUGAAAUUGAGAGACGCUUAUGGUAACGUAAUGAGCGAAAACUCCAAGUUGGAACUCGAAAAUGCGACCAUGCGUAAGUUACUGGAUGGUAGGACUGCUCAACUAAGUGAAGUGAGACUAGUUCAAGAAGCGUAUGAAAAACUUUUGGAAGAAAACAACACCCUUCGAAUGGAGUUGGACACAGUGAAGUAUAAACGAAGUAAAGAUAGAGAGGCGUUAUUAGAAGCACUCAGUAAAGAUAAAAGUGACAGUAAAAAAAUUCAAGAUGUAAGAAUUGAGUAUGAAGCCAAGUUUGAAAAAAUGAAAGAAAAAAUGGUGCAGCUCUGUAGAGAAGAGAUGAAUAAAGAAACCCAAAAACUUCGAAAUGAAAAUGUAAUACUGUACAAAAAAAAUAAACGAUUGAACGAAAUUAUCAUGGAACACAAGAUGGGAAUGCGGAGUGAUCGAGAUACGUUAGAUACCGGAUCGCAUACCUCAAGUGAACUAUUCUUUGGUUUAUCCGAAGCCUUGCAAAGCACCGGAAUUCAUUCGAAUCAGAAAAGUUCCGAUGAUUUACUUCAUACUGGUAAUUUUGUGACAACUAGGAGACCAGUUGAUAAUCGUAAGUGUGCAACAUUGCCUAAAGUAAAUGCAGCAAAUGGUAUUCAGGAGGAUAAAGAAUUCCAGAGGAACACUUUGAAAGCAGUACGGCCAUCUUUAGCACAAAAUUUAGAAAUGGAGGAUGAAGAAGAGGAUCUUUUCAAUAAUAAGUACCUUGUUGAUUUAAAAUCAGGUAGAUGCUUCCUUCCUAAUGAACAAGAAAAUAACGUGAGCAGGUUAUCAGAAUUAAAAUGGCGUAAUUCAUUGUGUCCCCCACAUUUAAAAUCUUCUUAUCCCGCCGAAACACAGUUUAACAGUCCAACACAAUUUAAAGAAGAAGAGCUUAAGCUGGGCGAUCUUGAUGAUAGUAUGAGUACAAAACUAUUACCUGGAGAGAAACCUCGAAAGAAGGAUAUCGGAACCACUUCGUAUAAAAGGCCAGGACCACCAACUCCGAGCAAAAAUGGGGGGCGCGUUUCACUUCAAGGUGGUGAAAUUCAGCCGAGGGAUGUCUUGCGUGAAUGCAAUGAUGGACCGAAAACUCCAAAACGGAAUACUCCUAGUCGUUUAAAAAGUCUUUUUAAGGGGCGCAAUUUGAGUACAAAAGAUAGUAGUGAAAAUCAACAUGGAACACCAAGAAGUAAACGUUUAAGUAUAUUCCGUAAGCAAAAAUAAUAUGGUCUAUCAGUAUUACCCUUUUCUUAAAAUAGUUUCGUUCUAAUAUAUCAUAGUAUUAUUUUUUUAACAAAUAAAUCUAUUUUUGUAAGUUUUUAAUAAACGGUCAUUACCUUUGA